UGUAAAGGUUAACUUUUAAUGGCUUUCUUGGCCUACAACUUCAUUUGCCUGUCACCAGUGCUUGAUGACUCACGAAGUUGGAAUAAGAAUAUUAAAAAGCAAGUGCUCAAGGGUAAUGUAGAGAAAGCAAUUCUAACAUAUAUAAAUAUGCAGGAACUUGGUUACCAAGCUGAUAACUAUACGUUUCCCAUUUUACUGAAGGCAGCUGGGAAUCAUUCUAGUUCUUGUAUUGGGUUUGCACUCCACGGUUUGACGAUAAAAACGGGAUUCUGUGGUCAUGCUUUUGUCCAAACUGCCUUACUGAACAUGUAUUCAUCUCUUGGUUUCAUUGAUGAUGCUUGUAAAGUGUUUGAGAAGAUGCCUGUGAAAGAUGUGGUUGCUUGGAAUUCAAUGUUAGAUGCAUACACGUCUAGUGGCCGGAUGGAUAAUGCAACAGAGCUUUUUGAUUCGAUGCCUUUGAAGGACCUUUCAUCUUUCAAUAUCAUGGUCUCCGGUUAUGGAAGCGUAGGAAGAAUAAUACCUGCUAGAAGUAUCUUUGAUAAAAUUCCUACCAAAGAUACCGUCUCUUGGAACUCAAUAAUACUGGCAUAUACUAAUGCCGGAGAUAUGGUUGAAGCACAAAAAUUAUUCAACGAGAUGCCAGCAAAAGAUGUCAUAACAUGGAAUACAAUGGUAAGGGGCUACAUACACAAUCAACUUUACGCCAUGGCUGCUGAUUUGUUUGAAGAAAUGCAGGCUGCAAAUGUAAAGCCUGAUUUUCUAACGAUGACUAGUGUUUUGUCUGCCUGUGCUCAUCUGGGGUCACUUGAAAGAGGCACUAAAGCGCACAUUUAUGCAAAAAAUCAGUGUCUUGACUCAAGUCCUCAUGUCACAACAGCAUUAAUAGUCAUGUAUGCCAAGUGUGGAAGCAUACUGAACGCCUUAGAGGUAUUCUAUAAGUCCCAAUUUAAAGAUAUUUACUGUUGGAAUGCCAUAAUUUCUGCACUCUCUCUGCACGGCUAUGGAUCUGAUGCUCUUGAACUUUUUGACAAAAUGGUAGAGAGCUGCAUAAUGCCUGAUGACAUUACCUUCAUUGGCCUGCUUAGUGCCUGUAGCCAUGCAGGCUUGGUGGAAGAUGGAUGCAAAUUAUUCAAUAGCAUGGAAAAGGCCUUUGGAAUCACUCCCAAGAGAGAGCAUUAUGGGUGCAUGGUUGAUCUUCUGGGUAGAGCCAAGCUUCUUAACCAAGCAUUUCAACUCAUACAAGCCAUGCCAUUUGAACCGGGGCAGUCCAUCUUGGGUGCUUUGCUUAGUGCCUGUGUCACUAAUCGUGACCUUGACAUGGGAGAGAAAGUAAUGAAGCUAUAUUUUGACAGUACUAGUCAAUUGAGUGAUGGAGAGUUUAUGAUGUUUGCUAACUUGUAUGCAUCAUGUGGUAAAUGGGAGGAAGCUAAGAUGUGGAGAGAAAAGAUGAAUGACUCGGGCAUUGCUAAGACUGCUGGGUGCAGUAUUGUCGAGCUUAAUGGGAGAUUUCACCAGUUUUUGGCUGGGGAAAUUGGCAUUGACUUAAAGCCUUGAACGGGGUACAUGUGCUGUAGCUGCAAUAGUAAUGAAUUUUGUGCUAAUUGAGUAUAGAUAUAUUACUUAUUGUUACUUGUAUUGAUUUAUGUGGUCCAUUGGGUUGAA